AUGAUGCCAAUAGAGAGCCCCCGUAAAAAGAGUCCCCGCAAGCCGCAGCAUGGCAGCCCGUCUAAGCGAUUGAAGCCGCCCCCGCCGCCCUUCUUUGCGCCCAAAAAUACUGCCCCGCCCUUGAGCGCGAUCCCCUCAUCCUCGCCCGCCUUCGCGACGCCUGCCCAUCCUCUAAAGCCCUUUCAGCCCCCAACUCCUACAAAAGCUGCCGUUUUGCCGAUCAUUCUGCCUCCCGCGACGCUUCGGCCAUUGGCUUUCCGGACUUUCACCAAAAAGCACAGCUUGACGUUGACGUCUUCGGCCCUUCAGGAGCUAGCGACCUUCAUUGGCAGGCACUGUGGCUCAGGAUGGAGGGAGGAAGGACUAGCAGAAAAAGUCCUCGAAGAAGUGGCCAAGUCGUGGAAAAAUCGCAAUGGAGGCGUCAUUGUCGAUGGGACGAGUCCGGAGCUUAAGGAUAUCCUUAAAACGCUGGAAGGGAACAUGAGUGGGGGAAGAAUCAUCAGCGGUCCGAGGGGCUUGAGUAGGCAGAAUAGCCUGCUGGAACAGGCUGAUGAUUCAGAAUUGUCGAAGACGAGAAUGGGGUUAAGGCCUACUCCAAGCCUUAGCCGCGAAGACAGCCAAGCAGGCAUGGGGGUGUCGAGCAGCAUGGACGUUGAUGAUGAACCGGACGAUGAGACAUUGCGGGACCCUAGGAGCUGGCUGAAGGUCAUAAACGCUUUUGAUCAACCGCGGUAUACAUACAACGUGGCAAAGAAGCACUUUGAAAAAAUAACCACGAAACCUUCCCUCUUCCCUCCCCCGUCCCACAAGACCGAAGCCUUUCGCAAUCGAUACAACGUCAUCCAUCAACGUCUGCUCCGCAAUGAGGCCUUCCAGACAUCCGCCGUCACCACUAGUAGACUCCGCCGAACCAACUCAGCAGCCAUGCAAUCCCACAAGAUCACGCCAAUCGCCAACCUCCUGGGUUGCCAUGGUACAAACCACAUGUUGCUUGGCAUGUUGAGCGUUCUUCCGACGGGAAACUUAGCCAUCAGCGAUUUGACAGGGUCAAUCGCUCUUGACUUGUCACAUGCCGUCGCUAUUCCCGAGGACUCGGCCUGGUUUACGCCAGGUAUGAUCGUCCUGGUCGAUGGCGUGUACGAAGAGGACGAGGAACAAGUAGGCAAAGGCCUAGGAGGCAAUAGUGGCGUUGGCGGUACAAUCGGCGGUAAGUUCCAAGGUCUUUUUAUCGGCCAGCCGCCUUGCGAACGACGCCGGGUAACGCUAGGGGUCAGCGGCCCGGACGGCGGACCAGACCACACAAUCGGCGGCGGCUUCGGCUGGAUCGACUUCCUCGGCGUAGGCAGCGAGCGCGCUGUCGGAUCACGUAUGCGCAAGCUUGAGCAGCGCCUGCUCCGCCAACCAUCCCUUGCCGACCCUGAAGCGCCCAACCGAGGCCGUAUAGUUAUCGUGGGAGAGCUCAAUCUCGAUCAACCGCGCACUUUACAAGCCCUGCGCAAGAUCCUCUCCCUUUACGCGACAGACCCCGAAGGGUCCACACCAAUGACGUUUGUCCUUACGGGCAACUUCACCACCCAUGCCGUCAUGGCCCGCGGCGGCAGCGGCGGUAGUAUCGAGUACAAAGAGUGUUUUGACGCUCUAGCAUCGACGCUCGCUGAUUUCCCCACGCUGCUGACCACCGCGACGUUCGUCUUCGUGCCGGGAGACAACGAUGGCUGGGUGUCCGCAUUCACAGGCGGCGCGGCCGUCCCGCUGCCGAGGAAAUCCGUACCAGAGUUGUUUACUUCUCGCAUCAGGCGAGCAUUCGCGUCAGCGAAUUCUGAGGCGGGAUUAUCUGGAGAAGGAAAAGGAGGAGAAGCAGUAUGGGCUACGAAUCCUGCUCGGCUGAGUCUCUUUGGACCAAACCACGAGAUUGUCCUUUUCAGGGACGAUAUCUCGGCUCGGCUGCGCCGUUCAUCAGUGCGACUGAAGGGGAAAGUCCCCGUCCAAGAGGAGACUGCUGCGGACGGAGACGUCACGAUGUCCGGCGCCAACGGGUCGUCUACUCCACAACCUGCCGAGGAUAUGGAUAUCGACUCCCAACCGCCACUCAUGUCUUCUCCCCCUCUACAGAAUCUCAACCUCGACGGUAGCGGUCCUAGCCGACCGCCCCAACAACGGCAACAACCACCACAAACCGAGCCACCACUACCAUAUGAUAUCCUCGCUGCCCGCAAGCUCGUUAAAACCAUCCUCGACCAAGGCUACCUGUCCCCCUUCCGUCCCUCCAUUCGCCCUGUGCACUGGGACUACACGUCCGCUCUUCAUCUGUACCCCUUACCAACAGCCCUAGUACUCGUGGACACAACAGCACCCGCAUUUUGUGUCACGUAUGAAGGGUGCAAUGUUAUGAAUCCGGGCCCAGUGCUAGUGCCUGGGAGAAAAGGGGUUGCGCGAUGGGUAGAGUAUAAUGUCGUCAGCGGGAAGGGCGGCAGGGUUAGGGAAUGUACUUUCUAA